UUAUCAUUCAAUUCCUGACCUUUGACCUUCACCAGGGAAUUGGAUUACCUCUUCAACUUGCCGGGCAUCUUAUCACAAACUGGUGAUACCAGACAGCUUAUAGUCAUGGACAUCGCACUGGAAUUAUUUGACACGUUUGUCGGCGACCGGCUCUACUCCGCUCUUCUCCCUGCCUCGCUCUCCUCGACUGUCUCCGUUCCUGGGUUUCCGACAGCAGCAAACAGCACCCUUUCAUUGUUCGGUGCAUCAAAGCCUUUUGUAUAUGAGCCAGCGACCAAGCUUCUCUACCUAGAACCAUCCAAAUAUGCAUACCUGAGCGCUUGGCCUCGGAACAAUAUCUACCGCCAAUUCUUGAGUUUCUUUUUGAUUGUCUGGAUCUUCGGUUUCAUUGUCUACUUUAUUUCUGCCACCCUGUCCUAUAUGUUCAUCUGGGACAAGUCAACCGUCAAGCACCCGAAGUUCCUAAAGAAUCAGAUCCCAUUGGAGAUUGCGCAAACCAUGCGCUCAAUGCCCAUCAUGUCUCUGUUGACUGCACCCUUCUUGGUCGCCGAAGUUCGGGGAUAUGCUAAACUUUACGAUACCUUCGACGAGGAACCAUUCCCUUACUACAGUAUCCUGCAGUUCCCCCUGUUUAUCGCGUUCACCGAUUUCUUCAUCUACUGGAUCCACCGCGGCUUGCACCACCCCCUCGUUUACAAGACUCUACACAAGCCUCACCACAAGUGGAUCAUGCCUAGUCCUUUCGCCUCCCAUGCUUUUCAUCCCGUUGACGGCUGGUCACAGAGUGUUCCUUACCACGUGUUCCCUUUUAUCUUUCCUUUGCAGAAGGCGGCCUAUGUACUUCUAUUUGGAUUCAUCAACAUCUGGACCGUUAUGAUUCACGAUGGUGAAUACGUCGCCAACAGCCCCGUUAUCAAUGGAGCCGCCUGUCACACUAUGCAUCAUCUUUACUUCAAUUACAAUUACGGUCAAUUCACCACUUUAUGGGAUCGCAUGGGUGGCAGCUACCGAAAGCCUAACGAAGAGCUCUUCCGCCGUGAGACAAAGAUGGGCGAGGAAGAGUGGAAGCGACAGACCAAGGAGAUGGAAACUAUUCUCAAAGAUGUUGAAGGUGAUGAUGACCGCAAAUAUCUCGCUGAGGAAGAUAGCAAAAAGAACCUGUGA